AUGAAGUUUACUUUCGCUACUCUUCUCCCAUUCAUGGCAGUUCUUGCCGCUGCCUCGCCCCUCGAGGCUCGCCAGUGGAGUCAGGUCACUGUUGCUCUUUCCAAUGACCAAUCUGGAGCAUAUUCUGGCGUGCCAUUCCUCGCAGAUGAUACCGAAAAGAGCAUCCUGUCGCUCUUUGGCAGUACCUCCGUCGGGGCUGGAGGCACCGUCAAGGCGAAUGCUGCCCAGCUGACUGCCUUCCCGCAAUCAAUCAACUGCGUCAUUAAGAACAAUGGUGCUGUCAUAGGUACCUUAACUGCUCAGCACACCUAUGCUGAUCUUGAUGGAAACCCCAAUGCCGCCAUUCCAAUCAAUCUGAACAACGCUAAGAUCCGCUGCCGUGCCUGA